CAGAAAGUUAUCGCAAAAUUCUGGUGGCCAUCAGCUAGCUGUUGUUGAUCAUCACGGAUUCCUUUCCGUAAUAGAAAAAUUCCGUGGCGAAAUCUGCCCCAUAACUCCUGGGAAAAAAGUGCAUCCCAUCGUUCGGUGCUGUGCAUAAUCGAUGGCCGUACAAAAUAUCAAGUGAGGUGCUUCGGGAUCAUAAAAAGUGCAAGUGGAUUGCGUUGGUGCGAAUCGAAAUUGCGACGGUAAAGGUCGUCGUGGAAAAGGAGAAAAGAAUGUAAUUUUUUUUUUGUUGCUUCGAUCGUAAGUCUCUUUUAUCGCAUACGCAAGCAAUCAGCUCGGAAUUUCCACGGACCAAGUGAAAACAUUUCCAGACGAUAACACACUCUGUGGCGAAAGGGUGCAACUAUCAAAGUGACUCGUAUUGGAAGACAUAGGUAACGAGCAGAAUGUCUGUCACAUUCGAGCAAAUUAUUUUGGACGCCAAAAGAAUCGCGAAUAGGCUAAAGGAUCGCGAAGCGUUGGGCGAUUCCCUGCUGUUGGAGUCGGAAUCCGUUAACAAACAAAUCGAAUCGAUGCGACAGUUUCAGGACGAUAUCGACAUUCUGAACAAGUUGGCCCGGGACCGUUCCAACAAUCAGCUGAUCACAAUCAUCCAUCAGGAGAAUCCACAGAUACGGGAGAUCCAGCAGGAGAAUCGAUUGCUGAAGGCGGCACUGGAAGAUCACCAGCAUGCCCUGGAGCACAUAAUGACCAAAUAUCGGGAACACACUCAGAGCAAGAUCCUCAACACCAAGGUUAACUUUGUGGAAGCCUUCAGCAAACAUCAGCAGUUCAACGAGCAGAAAGAUGAAGUCAUUCGACAGCAGACGCAGAAGAUUCAGGAAAUGGCCGCCGUCAUGCAGAGGGCCUCCCAACUGGACGAGGAAAAGUUCAACCAGGAGCAGGAGUUUCUUAGCAAGUUGAUAACGGAAAAUAAGGGCCUUCGUGAACUGCUGGAGAUUUCCCACAAGUACGGUUCCAACGGGCAGAGAAUUUUAGUCGACGACAAAUCCACCCAAACCGACACCUACCUGCUGGAUGCGUUGACGGCAACCACAUCCAGCAGCGGAACUAGCUUCACCGAGUCAGCAGUUUCGAACACCGGUACCAUCAAGGUCAGCCCAUCGUCCCUGAAGUCCCAGAUCGCAGUCCCAUCGUCGUCUUCUACGUCACCUCCCACGACAGCGGCACCGGCGUCAAGUGGCGUCAGUUCCUCGGUGGCCACUCUAUCGUGACGAGAUUCCGACGAUAGCCAAGUGUCCGUAUUCUUCUGCUGCCAAUCGGCUUUACUGUAACUCUUUUAACCGAGAACCCACAAAAACCCCCGAAAAAAUAUUGUAAAACCGAAUCGUGUCGAAAGGAAACUAAAAUUACACCAUUUUUUAUUAACAGUGUAGUUAUUCACUCACCCAUACACUUUUCUCACACCCCAGCACAAACACAUUUGUUUCAAUCAUAAUGUUGCGUUCAUGUUUUGUAGUUUAGUUGCAAUUUGCAAUAUUUCGUAUUAAUUUAUAACAUAUAAUCGGCACAACAAAGUAAAGAGAAUACCCUCCUUGUUUGUCGUGUAAUGCACACAUCUCUAUAAUGUUGUUACAUUUGCAUAACUAGUUUUGAUGUAGGUAAAAAACCGACAGUUUCAAACGUAUUAGUUCAUUCAAAAUCACAUUUGCUCCAUUUAGUACUAGACUCACACAUCAAACAUUAGUGUAAGAAGUGCAGUGAACAGCAAACAACGUUUUAUCGCGCACUGUUGCAAAUGUAGAAGAGGUCAAUGUGAUUUCUCAUUAGUUUUAUACCUCUCAGUUUUCCUUAUCCACUUUGUACUGCAAACGCUAUUGAAUUAAUAAAUUUAUAGGUAAUUAUAGAAACAA